GUGGGAUUACCCGAGCAGGUAUUUAAAGCCUCUUGGUCAGAAGCAGGCGCAUCAUGCAGCAGAUCUACUCACAGCGGGACGAGCAGCUGGAGGUUUUCACCACCGUCUUCUCUCCACAGGUUUCCAGGACAAGAGCGAGACAUGUGGAGGCCGACAAGGUGGCGGUGGUGACCAACCAGUAUCGGUCUCGUUGGGCCAGGGAACUGGACCUGGAACCAGGAGACCUGAUCCAGGUUCUGGUUCAAGACGACAAGUCCUGCUGGUUCGGACGCCUGAAGAACGGAGAGGAGGGAUACUUCCCAUCGGCUUGCGUGGAGCUGCUGCAGGGCGGAGCUUCAUCUGGAGCCACGCCCACUCUGCCGAGGAGGGGUUCUGUUCCUGCUAUGGUUCAGAGGCACAGCGCCCCCUGUGGCUGCACCAGUGGCCGCAGUACGCCCCGGCUGCUGAGGAAGGCCGUCCCCCCCGGUGACUCCGCCCACCGUGGUUCUGCCCCCUCCGGCUUCCUCUGCAGAAUCCUAACCCAGUCCAGGAGGAGGAGCUGCUGCCCCCUGCUGGGCCGGCCGCAGGGCGACACCAGCGCCGACAACGCCGCCUUCCAGCCCGACUAGACCGGAGCCAGAACCACGGGGGCUGACUCUGGAUCUGAUCUUGGAUCCAAUACAGGAAGUUUGGUUCUGGUGGAUUCUGACUCUCAUCCAGAACUCUUAGAAUGUUGAAGGUCACAGGACUUCCUCCUUCUGUUCGUAGCCAUCAUCUUCUUCUUCUGGCCACCGAACGUCUGAUGACGACAACAAUAUAAAAAUAAAAACAAGACUGGAGACAGUAGCGCACACCCCACACACCCUGCACACACACACCCUGCACACACACACCUGCUGUGUUAACACUGUAAAAACA